GCGGUGAGCUGCAUGUGGCCAGACCAAACCAAACACGCUCUAACAAAAGAGAAAGAACCUCAACAGAAGACUUCUUCUGAAUUGUAAUGCACCGGUAUCAUCCUACAAGCUUUAACAGGAUGAAACCCAGAAGACUACUGCCUUCUGUCGCUCCUCUACCAACAAUAACAGAAACACAUGAGGACAUCUCUCACUCCCUGGACGAAUAUCUCAACUCCAUAAAAGAGCUCGCUCAGCCUGGCUGCGGACCACUGAGGAUACCCAGGACUCAGAGACCUCGUCUCUUUCGUAAGCCCAUGGGCAAGCACAGCGGCUCUGCUUCCACGCCACGCAGCACCUCCCGGGCCCUACAGCCCCGUUGCUGUUCUCUCGGCCUGGAUGAGAUCACGCUGAAGUUCAGCAGCCAGAAGGUUUCUGGUGCUAAAGAUCCACUGGACUGGUUGUUUGCGCAGACCUAGUUACAGUCACAUGGUGAGGAUCUGCACAGGACUGAAAACACACCUGCUGCUUUGUUGUUAUUCUGAGGAGCCAAUGUCAGAAAACACUAAAGCUCCGUGUGAAAAUAUGAAUGAUCUCAUGAACUCAACUUCUUUAAUUUAUUGCCUGAACAGGAUUUCGUACCAAUGUGUGAAUGCUUACACUGGUUCCAGUUUUUCUCUGUUGUAAUUGUUUUGUAAAUAAAGUCCAGAAUGUAUUUUUACA